CCACAGCUGGCAACAUCUCCCCCUCUCGUCUGCUCUGCUCUGCCGGCUCUGUGGAGAUACCACCAGCACACUGGAUAACUUUGCUCCCCUGAUCAUGUGCAGAGGACUAGAUGCACUGCCCCUCACCUGUCUUGAAAGGGCGAAGCAACUGAGAGCUCUGUUCAGUGGGUUGAGGCUCAGGCAGGACCACACCGGCAUCAUGGGACACUCGAACAAAGCCAACACGCAAAGGUUGAACAGGAACGAGCCCUUGAAUUGGAGCCGGUCCUUCGAGGACCUUCUGUCCAGCCCAAAUGGACUGUGUUUGUUCAGAGCCUUCCUGCACUCUGAGUUCAGUGAGGAGAAUAUAGCUUUCUACCUGGCCUGUGAGGACUACCGAGCCACCAACACCUCCCAGCUGCCGGCUAAGGCCCAGAAGAUCUACCAGGAGUUCAUCAGCGCUGACGCACCCAGAGAGGUGAACCUGGACCACGCGACCAAGGCGCUGACCCGUGACGGGCUGGGGCAGGCGGGACCCGCCACCUUCGACCUGGCCCAGGCCAAGAUCCACGGCCUGAUGCAGAGGGACUCCUACCCCCGCUUCCUCAAGAGCCCCGCCUACCUGGAGCUGGUCGGGACCGCCAAGACCCGCUAAACAGACCGCCACUCAAACAGCUGCAACCGAUCAAACUGAAGCCCUGCCACAGCCGGCUGGGGGCCCACCGGCUCGGGGCCCGCCAGCCGGCCCUCGGCCUACCCCGGCAGCCACGAGACGCAGGGGGGCCCUCGUCUCAGGGGGGCCCUCGUCUCAGGGGGGCCCUCGACUCAGGGGGGCCCUCGUCUCAGGGGGGCCCUCGUCUCAGGGGGGCCCUCGUCUCAGAGGGGCCCUCGUCUCAGAGGGGCCCUAGUCUCAGGGGGGCCCUCGUCUCAGGGGGCCCUCGUCUCAGGGGGGCCCUCGUCUCAGGGGGGCCCUCGUCUCAGGGGGGCCCUCGUCUCAGGGGGGCCCUCGUCUCAGAGGGGCCCUCGUCUCAGGGGGGCCCUCGUCUCAGAGGGGCCCUCGUCUCAGAGGGGCCCUAGUCUCAGGGGGGCCCUCGUCUCAGGGGGGCCCUCGUCUCAGGGGGGCCCUCGUCUCAGGGGGGCCCUCGUCUCAGGGGGGCCCUCGUCUCAGAGGGGCCCCCACUCAUCCAGGAAGGGGGGCUGAUGGACGGGGGGCACAUGAGACUCUAGACCUCUGGAGGAAGCGGCGUUCCAGAACGACGUUACCACUGAACUGAUUUAUUUAUUGCGUGUUCAGUGAACUCAUUGGAUGUGAGCCGCGUGUGUGAAGGGCUGAGGACCAAAGCCACCUCAGUGGAAGCGAAGCGUAGGCCCAGUGUACUAUUGGAUGAUUUACCACUGAACUGAUUUAUUUAUUAAAGUAUACAGUGAACUCAUUGAUAUGAGUUCACUGUAUACUAUAUGAAGGAUUGUUUGCGAUUGCCAGUUCAGCUCAACUAAAGCUUUUACCAGAUUCUGGAAUGAUUAACAACUGAAUGUAUUUAUUGAACUGUACAACGAGCAGAAUGUCAAAUUAAAGCUUUUACCGUUAGAAGCACUACCUUUUUAAAAGGAAUAUUUAUUAUUUGUUAUUAUUUCUUAAUAUUAUUAUAUUUAUAGAUUAUUAAAUAUAUAUUUUUACAACACUAUUUAAAUGUUUGCUGUUUCAAAUGAAAAUAAUGUUUAUCACUAUUUGAUAUUUUUUUACUCGAAAUG